UCUCGGAUGACGGCUAUUCACGAAAGCUGUUUAGGAAAAUUCCGAAGCUGCGCUGCGCACGGAAGCGCCUCCCUCUACGCUCUUAUCGUACACGGCGCUAAUCAGAGACGUCGGUAGGAGGCCGAGCCGAGUCGGUUGCUGAAGGGAAGAAACCCAAAACAAGCCUUGUACGUUUACCUUAUCGCUUUCAAACAAGCGCACUUUUAAAAGGAAUUCACCCUUAAAGCCACCAGUUCAGCAUGGAAACCCAGAAGUGGUAGAGUCUUUGUGACUUGAGGUGUGGGAGCGAGGCUGCUCCCUGUUUCCCCCGGUGCUCCCCUGCCUCCCGCCCUCCUGGACGGCCCCGAAAUGACCACAGUGGAGUGUUGCCACCUCCCAGGCUCCCUGUGUGACUGCACUGGCAACGCUGCCCUGUCAAAAACCGUGGAGGAUGCUGAAAACCACCGGGCCCAGUACGUCACCCAGGUCACGGCCAAAGAUGGACGUCUGCUGUCUACUGUUAUCAAAGCCCUGGGCACCCAGAGUGAUCGGCCAAUUUGUCGGAUCUGCCACGAGGGUCAAGACGUGUGCAACAGCGAGGGGCUUCUCUCCCCGUGUGACUGCACCGGCACAUUGGGCACGGUCCACAAGAGCUGCCUGGAGAAAUGGCUGUCCUCCUCUAACACCAGCUACUGUGAGCUGUGCCACACUGAGUUUACCAUUGAGCGCCGGCCCCGCCCCCUCACAGAGUGGCUCAGGGACCCAGGCCCCCGGAAUGAGAAGCGCACCCUCUUCUGUGACAUGGUGUGCUUCCUGUUUAUAACACCCCUGGCAGCCAUCUCAGGCUGGCUGUGUCUACGGGGUGCACAGGACCACCUGCACUUCAACAGUCGCCUGGAGGCAGUCGGCCUCAUCGCUCUGACCAUCGCACUCUUCACCAUCUACGUCCUCUGGACACUGGUCUCAUUCCGCUACCACUGUCAGUUGUACUCAGAGUGGAGACGAACCAAUCAGAAAGUCCGCUUGCUCAUUCCUGACACCAAGGGUGCACACUCUACCCAGCAUUCCUUGCUUUCCACAAAGCUGCUGAAAAAGACAGCAGACGAGACCAUAGUAUGAGAGACGUGGUGCGGGGGAACGGGGUCCGAUGGCGGUGGUAUUAGCGUGCUACAUGUUCUUGACGCAGCGUCGUCAACUAGAGCCGUGGCAUUAUGGAUGCAUUAUUUUCUAUUUAAUCCUUUUUAUCUAAAUAUGUGAGCACUUCAUUUAUUUUAUUUUUAAUUUUUUCACCAGUCUCUUUUAAUGUUUUUUUUUUUGAGCCUUUAUAAGUGUGUUGUUUAAAGACACCUUUUAUUUAUCUGGGGCUUGAACAGCCAGGCUGAGAGCCCCAUACUGUUCAGUAUGCAUUGUAUUUGAAACAAUCGAAAACUAACUUAUGUGUAUAGACGAUUCCUUUGAGCACAGUGGCGAGGGAUUAUGACUCAAGUACAUACGGCUGCUGAAGCUUUAAACCAAACCUUUCUUUCAUUUUCGGUGUAUCAUUUUUCUACUCAUCUACCUUCAAGUACUUUCCAUUUUAACCCGACGGAGUCGCACCUAAACGAACUUAGUUCUUGUGGCUCCUUUACAAUUUAGUCAAGAUAUAAAAAGCGGCGAA